AUGGACACAAAUUUUCAUCAACCAAACAUACCUUCACUGGCUCCAGUGACCAUGACAACUUUUGUGCCAAAGAAAUUGAGUCUUUCUGUAAUGGCAGUGGAUGAUGAAGAAGUGGAGGACAUCAUUCUUGCUUGUCGCUCCGAAUCAAAAACUUUACAUGUGAUGGAAAAUAUUCGUUCUAAAUCUUCGAACAAAUAUGCCAUGAUGGAAUUUAUUCCACUCGAUCUCAGUGAUUUGAAUUCUGUUAGAAAUUGUGCAAAAUUAUUUCUGGAAAAAGAAAUUCCACUUCAUGCUCUAGUUUGCAAUGCUGGAGUGUGGCCAAAUGAAUAUUAUGAAACAAAACAAGGAUUUGAGAUGACUUAUGGAGUGAAUCAUUUGGGACAUUUUCUGUUAGUGAAUUUAUUAUUGGAUAAAUUGAAAGAAAGUGCUCCUGCGAGAGUGGUUAUUGUGAGUUCUAUGGCUCACAAAUAUGGAAAUAUUGCGCAAUUAUUGAGCUGGGCUAAAUCCAAGGAAGAGGCAAAACAACAAUUUUCUACUCAACAAACCUAUUCAAAUAGCAAGCUUGCCAAUGUUUUAUUUGCAUAUGGACUGGCACGACGAUUAAAUGAAAAUACACUGAAACCUCAAUCAGAUGUCAGUGUAGUAGCAAUACAUCCUGGAGUGGUCAACACCAAGCUGUUUGACAGUUUGUGGGGAGGCUUUGUUUCUGUGCUUGGAAGUUUAUUUUUCGAGAGUCCUGAACAUGCUAGCUUGGCUCUUGUGUAUCAUGCUGUUCAUCCUCAAACUGCAGGGCUAACAGGAAUGAGAUACUAUUCACAAUGGAAAGAGGAAAAGAGUCUAAAAGGCACGUACGAACAAAAAUAUCAAGAUGAGUUGUGGGAUGUCAGUUCUCAACAAGUGGGAGGAUUGUCCAUGUAG